AUGUAUGACAAUGGUGAUCCAAUACUUGAGAGCCCGAAUUUAAGCAUGCUCUUGCUGAACCUCACACAGCUUACAGAGCUUUAUCUUGAUGGAGUAAGUAUCCCAGCACAUGGUACUCACUGGUCCAUAGCGAUAUCAUCUUCACUGCCAAACCUGAGUGUGUUGAGCUUGUCAUCUUGUAAUCUUUCAGGUCCUAUUGAUCAAUCCCUCGCUAAACUUCACUCUCUAUCCGUGAUUAGAUUGGAUCAUAAUUACCUAAUCUCUGGUCCAAUUCCAGGAUUUUUUGCCAACUUUUCAAACCUGAGGGAGUUCAACUGGGGUGGUAACAAUAUUUCCGGUCCAGUUCCAUUAUUCUUUUCCAAUUUCUCAAAGUUGACUUCCUUGAAUCUCGUGGCAUGUGAGUUGCGUGGGACAUUUCCCAAACAGAUCUUUCAGAUACCUACUCUACAAACUAUUGACCUUGAUACUAAUGGUGAACUUCAUGGUUCCUUGCCAGAAUUUCCAAAGAAUGGAUCUCUUAGGUCCUUGGAUCUAAGCCUUACCAACUUUUCAGGGUUAAUGCCGGACUCUAUUGGCAACCUCAAAAUGCUCUCCACGAUAAAUCUUUUGAGAUGUAAUUUCACGGGAUCAAUCCCGAAGUCACUGGCGAACCUAACACAAUUGGUUUAUUUGGACUUGUCAUCAAACAUGUUCAAUGGUCCAAUUAGUUCUAUCCACUGGGAGAAGCUUAGUAAUUUGGUAUAUCUCCAGUUGAAUGACAAUCUACUUGAGGGGAGUAUUCCGUCUUCUCUCUUUUCUCUUCCCUUAUUGCCAGAGAUAGUACUUUCCGACAAUCAAUUCUCAG